CUCCCACUCUCAUCCUGUGACUGCGUGCAAGUUUCUCCCCCCACCGCCCCCCAUUCUCCGCUCAGCGAAGUGCUGUAGUUCUUCUCCGCUCCUGUCAAAGCAAAUUGGCGACCUUGACGGUGCGCUCUGGGGAGGAACUUUACAGGGGGUGCGCUCCAUUUGUGGCGCUCCUCUUCAGAAAGGAAAGGAUUCGAGGAAAAGUCUGUUCUGUGCUUUGGAGAAGAAGAAAAGAGAAAGAACAAAAACACCUAAGCGCUCCGUCGGGGACAAGGCGAAGGAGGAAGUUUUUAAGUAAAGAGAAGAAGACGAAGAAAAAGAACAAACCAGCAUCUCAAGGACGCACGACGUGUAAGUGGGGAAAGGUGUUCUAUGAGGUGCAGCUUUCCUUCUUACAGGUGCUGCAAGAGACAGACUGUAUUUGGACUUAACCUGGAUUCAUCUGAUUGAGUUGCAUCCUUCAGAUAAACAAACGCGCUCUGUUUCGGUACUCCUACGGAAAUAUUUUACCAUCAACGAGGCUCGUGGAACUACAGCGAACUUAGACUGUAAAACAAACACACAGUUUAACCGAAUUUCUCCGGUCGCCACAGGCUACGGCAGAGGCUUGGUUUUGCGCUCCGAGGUCGGUGCGCUCUGCUCGACUUUAGUGGUCGCAGGUCCUCCUGACAGAGAGAAUCAAGCAGCAGGCGAACGGCACCACAGCCACGGCGGGACUCGGCCACUACGGCAUGCUUAAAGCUCACCGGGCACUUGUUGUCCAGUCCUCCCGGUUUGGGACCAUGUUUGAGGACUCCUUUAACAGAUCGAUGUGGCGCGUCGCAUGGAUUUUAUUUUUUUCCUUACUCAUCCACUGCGCACAACCUCAAGGGUCACGGGGGGCGCUGGAGCCUAUCCCAGCUGUCAUAGGGCGAGAGGUGGCUGAAGAAAUUGCCAUGAGGUCCUACACUGUGUUAAAAAAUGAAGAUGACGUGCCUCCCUACUUCAAGACAGAGCCAGUGCGUAGCCAGCUCCAUCUGGAACGUAACAGGCUGGUGCUGACCUGCAUGGCGGAGGGAAGCUGGCCACUAGAGUUUAAAUGGAUCCACAAUAGCACAGAAUUAACACGCUUUUCACUGGAGUACAGGUACCUAAUCCCUUCGCUGGACCGCUCCCAUGCUGGCUUUUACCGCUGCAUUGUGAGAAAUCGGGUGGGAGCCCUUCUGCAGAGGCGCACAGAAGUACAAGUGGCCUUUAUGGGCAGUUUUGAGGAAGGCGAACGCACCCAGUCAGUCUCUCAGGGAGAGGGUGCUGUGAUUCCAGCACCACGCAUCCGCAGCUUCCCUCAGCCACAAGUCACCUGGUUCAGAGAUGGGCGCAAGAUUCCACCCAGCAGCCGCAUUGCCAUUACUUUGGACAACACACUGGUUAUCUUGUCUACCGUGGCACCGGAUGCCGGACGCUACUAUGUGCAAGCUGUAAACGACAAGAAUGGAGAGAACAAGACCAGCCAGCCCAUCACCUUGUCAGUAGAGAAUGUUGGAGGUCCAGCAGAUCCCAUUGCCCCCACCAUUAUCAUCCCUCCCAGGAACACCAGUGUGGUCACAGGCACAUCAGAGGUCACGAUGGAGUGUGUGGCCAAUGCCAGACCUCUUAUCAAGCUGAGUAUCACAUGGCGUAAGAACGGCGUGUUGGUGAACAGCGGUUUGAGUGACUUCAACCGCAGACUGACCAUCCUGAGUCCUGUGGUGAGCGACGCUGGCUACUACGAGUGUGAGGCCAUUCUCCGCAGCAGCAGCGUGCCUUCAGUCAGUGCUGGAGCUUAUCUGCAUGUCCUUGAGCCACCACAGUUUAUAAAGGAACCAGAGAAACACAUCACAGCUGAGAUGGAGAAGGUGGUUGACAUUCCCUGUCAGGCACGGGGAGUGCCCCAGCCAGACAUUGUGUGGUACAAGGAUGCUUCGCCUAUCGACCCAGUGAGGACACCCAGGUACAGGGUGUUGGUGGGCGGCAGCCUUCAGGUCAACGGCCUACUGCCUGAUGACACCGGCAUGUUCCAGUGCUUUGCCCGAAAUUUAGCCGGAGAGGUUCAGACCAACACGUACCUGGCUGUUACAAGCAUUGCCCCGAAUAUCACAGCUGGACCCUCUGAUAGCACUGUGAUCGACGGGAUGUCAGUCAUUCUGCACUGUGAGACCUCUGGAGCUCCAAGACCAGCUAUCACCUGGCAAAAAGGUGAGCGCGUGUUAGCCAGCGGUUCAGUCCAGCUGCCCCGGUUCACCCUGCUCGAAUCAGGCAGCUUGCUCAUCUCGCCUUCACACAUCUCUGAUGCCGGGACCUACACUUGCAUGGCAAGCAACUCCAGGGGCAUUGACGAGGCAUCUGCUGACCUUGUUGUUUGGGCUCGCACUCGGAUUACCACCCCCCCACAGGACCAGAGCGUUAUCAAAGGAACUAAAGCCAUUAUGAACUGUGGAGUCACACACGACCCCAGUGUGACAGUCAGGCAUGUCUGGGAAAAAGAGGGCUCAGUGAUAAACGUUCAGUCCAUCCCCCGCAUGCGGCUAGAUGCAGAUGGUACGCUUCACAUCUCCCAAACCUGGUCAGGUGACAUAGGCACCUACACAUGCAGAGUGACCUCUGUUGGAGGCAACGACUCCCGCAGCGCGCACCUCCGUGUCAGACAGUUGCCCCAUGCCCCAGAGAACCCUACAGCCGUGCUGAGCAAAUCUGAAAAAAGAGCCAUCGACCUGGCUUGGGCCAAGCCUUUUGAUGGCAACAGUCCCCUCAUACGCUAUAUCCUGGAGGUUUCUGAGAACAAUGCUCCCUGGGCCAUCCUGCUGGCCAAUAUUGAACCAGAGUCCACAGCAGUGACGGUCAACGGCUUGAUCCCAGCUCGCUCCUAUCAGUUCCGCCUCUGUGCUGUUAAUGAUGUGGGGAAGGGACAGUUUAGCAAGGAGACAGACCGGGUCUCUCUCCCAGAGGAGCCCCCCAGUGCUCCUCCUCAAAAUGUCAUUGCUAGUGGUCGGACCAACCAAUCUAUCAUGAUCCAGUGGCAGCCUCCGCCGGAAAGCCACCAGAACGGUAUCCUCAGAGGCUACAUCAUUCGGUAUCGUCUCACUGGGCUGCCUGUGGACUACCAAAUCAAGAACAUUUCCAGCCCAGAUGUGACCACACUGCUGCUGGAAGACCUCAUCAUCUGGACCAAUUAUGAGAUUGAGGUGGCUGCCUACAAUGGGGCAGGUUUGGGCACUUUCAGCCAUAAGGUUACUGAGUGGACCCUGCAAGGAGUGCCCACCAUAGCUCCAGGCAACGUGCAGGCCGAGUCGGUCAACUCAACAACUAUCCGUUUUACGUGGACAGCCCCUAACCCCCAGUUCAUCAACGGCAUUAACCAGGGCUACAAGUUGCUGGCCUGGGAACCUGGCAAGGAUGAUGAAGUUGCCAUGGUAACAGUACGACCGAACUUCCAGGACAGCGUCCAUGUGGGAUAUGUGACAGGUCUGAAGAAGUUCACCGAGUAUUACACCUCUGUGCUGUGCUUCACCACACCCGGAGACGGCCCCCGCAGCCCGCCUAAAGCAUUGAGGACGCAUGAGGACACCCCCGGUGCAGUGGGUCAUCUGAGUUUCACCGAGAUCUUGGACACCUCACUCAAAGUCAGCUGGAGUGAGCCCAGCGAGAAGAAUGGAGUUCUCACAGGUUACCGCAUUUCUUGGGAGGAGUACAACCGAACAAACACCAGAGUCACCCACUACCUGCCCAAUGUCACCUUAGAGUACAGGGUCACCGGGCUCACUGCUCUCACCACCUACACUAUUGAAGUGGGAGGAAUGACCUCCAAGGGCCAGGGCAUGCUGUCCUCCUCCACCAUUUCCUCUGGUGUCCCACCAGAGCUUCCUGGCCCUCCUACCAACAUGGCAAUUUCCAAUAUUGGCCCACGCUCCAUCAACCUGCAGUUCAAACCUGGCUAUGAUGGCAAAACUUCUAUUUCCCGCUGGCUAGUGGAGGCCCAGGUGGGUGCAGUAGGAGAAAAUGAGGAUUGGUUGAUGGUCCACCAGGUGUUCAACGAACCUGAGGCUCGCUCCUUAGAGGUGCCAGGUCUCAACCCAUAUACCUCUUACAGGUUUCGGAUGCGUCAGGUGAACAUAGUGGGUACCAGUCCUCCCAGCCAGCCCUCCAGAAAAAUUCAGACCCUACCAGCUCCUCCUGACAUGGCCCCUGCCAACGUCACUCUGCGCACCGCUAGCGAAACAAGCCUCUGGUUACGAUGGAUGCCUUUGCCUGAAUGGGAAUAUAAUGGGAAUGCAGAGCAGGUGGGCUACAGGGUUCAGUACUCCCGUGCAGGCUCACAGGGCCAUCCACUCACCCAUGUUAUUACUGACCGUCUGGAAAGAGAGUUUACUAUUGAGGACCUGGAGGAGUGGACAGAAUAUGAGGUCAGGGUCCAGGCUGUCAACGGCAUUGGAGUGGGACCCUGGAGCCAACCGGUCAGAGGCAGGACACGGGAGUCUGUUCCCUCCAGUGGUCCCACCAACGUCUCUGCCUUUGCCACUACUUCAAGCAGCAUCCUGGUGCGCUGGUUUGAAGUCCCAGAGCCGGACAGGAAUGGACUCAUUCUGGGCUACAAGGUGGUUUAUAAAGAAAAAGACUCGGACAGUCCAGUCCACUUCUGGACAGUAGAGGGGAAUGCCACUCACAGUGUCCAGCUGACUGGUCUGGGGAAAUAUGUGCUCUAUGAGAUCCAAGUUCUGGCAUUCACACGGAUUGGAGAUGGACGGCCGAGCUCUCCGCCUAUUCUUGAAAGGACCUUGGAUGAUGUCCCAGGACCUCCAGUGGGUAUCCUGUUCCCUGAAGUCCGGACCACCUCAGUCCGCCUUAUUUGGCAGUCCCCUGCCCAGCCGAAUGGCAUUAUACUUGCUUACCAGAUCACGUACCACCUCAACUCCACCAAUAGCAACACAGCCACAGUGGAUGUGCUGAACCCUAGCGCCCGCCAGUACAUGGUGACUAACCUCAAGCCAGAAACUGUUUAUGUGUUUCGCAUCACGGCACAGACAAGGAAAGGCUGGGGUGAGGCGGCUGAGGCACUCGUGGUUACCACGGAGAAAAGAGCUCGUCCUCAGCCUACCAGCCACCCCCUGGUUCCUCAAAAACACGUUCAGGCUCGCCAGGUGUUACUUUCAUGGGAGCCUGGUAGUGACGGCCUGUCCCCCGUGCGUUACUAUACGGUCCAGCUAAGAGAGCUUCCUGAAAGCAACUGGACAGUCCACUCAGCAUCUGUCAGCCACGAGGCCACAACCUACAUAGUAUCCAGGCUGAAACCCUUCACAUCUUACCAGUUCAGAAUAAAAGCCACCAAUGACAUAGGGGACAGCGAGUACAGUCAGGAAAGUGAAGCAAUCACAACUCUACAGGAUGUGCCUGACGAAGCGCCCUCGAUUCUCUCUGUCACGCCACACACAACAACGUCAGUGCUGAUCCGCUGGCAGCCCCCCUCAGAGGAGAAGAUAAAUGGCAUCUUACUGGGCUUUCGCAUUCGAUACCGCGAGCUGCUGUACGACCGUCUCCGCAGUUAUAUUCACACAGUCAACAGUGCAUCCGCCUGGGCUGAGCUCUCUGCUCCCUACAGCCUCCGAAAUCUGAGUGAUUCAACACUCACCCAGUAUGAGUUAGACAAGCUAAGUAAACACAAGCGUUAUGAGAUACGCAUGAGUGUGUACAACGCCGUGGGUGAGGGGCCAACCAGCCCUCCACAGGAGGUGUUUGUUGGAGAAGCAGUGCCGACGGCCCCGCCCCAGAAUGUGGCUAUUCAGUCCGCAACAGCCACCCAGCUGGAUGUGACGUGGGACCCUCCACCUGUGGAUGCACAGAAUGGAGACAUCCAGGGAUACAAGAUUUACUUUUGGGAAUUCCAGCGUAAGAACGAGACUGAGCGGAUGCGGACUCUGUUUAUGCCUGAAGGAGGGGUGAAGCUGAAGAACUUGACUGGUUACACCACCUAUAUGAUCAGUGUGGCUCCAUUCAACGCUGCUGGGGAUGGACCCCGAAGCCCACCAACGAGGGGACGCACUCAGCAAGCAGCUCCCAGUGCUCCCAGCUUCAUUCACUUCAGUGAACUGACCACAACCUCCGUCAAUGUGUCCUGGGGCGAGCCCACCUUCCCUAACGGCAUCAUUGAGGGCUACCGUCUGGUCUAUGAACCCUCCACACCUGUAGAUGAGUCUUCAGUGGCCUGUGCCGACUGUCUCCACUCCCCCUCCCCCCCAGGCGUCAGUAAGACAGUGACGGUGGAUGUGAAGGGGACCGGCCCUCUGUGGUUGAAGAUCAGAGACUUGGCAGAUGGUGUCACGUACAACUUCCGCAUCCGGGCCAAGACCUUCAUCUACGGGCCUGAGGUGGAAGCAAAUAUCACCACUGGACCAGGGGAAGGUGCCCCAGGACCCCCUGGAGAGCCAUUUAUUACGCGCUACAGUUCGGGCCUCACCAUUCACUGGACCCCUGGAGACCCAGGACGUUCUCCCAUAACACGCUAUGUAAUUGAGGCCAGACCCUCAGAUGAGGGUUUGUGGGAUAUCUUAAUCAAGGACAUCUCCAAGGAUGCAACAUCGCACACAUUCAACAUGGACAUCCUGAAACAAGGUGUCAGUUAUGACUUUCGGGUCAUUGGAGUGAACGACUAUGGCUAUGGCUCUCCGAGUCUACCUUCUCCCUCCAUAUCUGCCCAAAAAGUGGCUCCUUUCUAUGAGGAAUGGUGGUUCCUGGUCGUGGUGGCUCUAGUGGGACUCAUCUUCAUUCUGCUGCUAGUUUUCAUCCUCAUUAUCAGAGGACAGAGCAAGAAGUAUGCAAAAAAGUCUGAAUCAGGUAACAACUCCAACUGUAACGCUCUCACCCACGGAGAUAUGGUCAGCCUGGACGAAGGCCGUUUCCCAGCUCUGGAACUUAACAAUCGACGGCUGUCUGUAAAAAACUCUUUCUGCCGGAAGAACGGCGUCUACACCAGGUCUCCUCCCAGGCCCAGCCCAGGCAGUCUUCACUAUUCGGACGAGGAUGUCAGCACCAAGUACAACGACCUGAUCCCUGCAGAGAGCAGCAGCCUGACUGAAAAACCCUCGGAAAUCUCAGACUCACAGGAGGCGCUGGUGUUUUCAUAUGGAACAGGUGGCCUACAUACACUUCCACUGCAUUUGGGCAGCGACAGUGAGUAUGAGGUGGACCCUAACCGUCAGAAGACCCACUCCUUCGUCAACCACUACAUAAGUGACCCUACCUACUACAACUCCUGGCGGCGCCAACAGAAAGGCAUAUCCCGGGCGCAGGCCUACAGCUACACAGAGUCAGAGUCAGGAGAGCCGGAUCACUGCGCCCCACCACCGCUGCCCCCUCUACCUCCACUGCCACCCCAGCUGAGUUCACCCAGCCCUCAGCCUCAGCAGGCUCAGGGCCAGCCCCAUGGCCAAGGCAGCCUCUUUAGACCCAAAGGUAGCCGGACUCCCACCCCCUCCCAGCAGAGCUCCAACCCUCCGAGCCAGCACAGCACCUUGUACAGGCCCCCCAGCAGUCUAGCCCCUGGCUCACGGGCCCCUAUUGCUGGCUUUUCCUCUUUUGUGUGAAAAAUACUGAGGACAUAGAAACUUCUGAAAAUACCUACUCAACUUGUGUUGAAGAAGAACAUAGCAUUGCAGUCAGCCCAAUCAAGUCACUCACUCUUUAUUUUUAUCAUCAGUUUAUUUUUCAUAACUUACAUGUUAUUUUUUUAGUGAGCUUGGAUGUAUCAAAACACCAUGAUACUUUUUGAGGCGUUUUUUUGUCUAAUGUGUGAAAAUGUGCCAGUGUAAACUUUGGUUUCUCUCACCGGCUGAUAAAAACAAAAAAAAGGUCUCUGCAACAUCUAUUCACUUUUAUUUUGUUAGUUGAAAUACUUGCAUGGCUUUAUCAUUUAUUUCCUUCUUUUUACUUUUUUAAACUCAUUCAGUGGUAAUAUCUGAUUCUGUACAAAGUCACUAGAAUCUUUGAAAACACACACACACACACACACACACACACAUAUAAAUAUAUAUAUACAUAUAUAUAAAUAUUCUAUAGUAGACAUGCCUAGAAGACAAAAUCAAGUCAUUGCUGACUCUACUUUGACGAAGACUGAUAUGACAAUAUGAUGGAGCCAUAUUGUGGAAGUUAAAGAACAAUUAUUUGUUUGGACUGGAUGUAAAAACAAACAACUGCCAGCGUAAAGGUGGAAUUUAUGCCAAAUCGAAGACAUUUAAUGUGCUGGUUGUGAGAGUUUUAAAAUGACAUUGAAGAAGCAAUCAUGGAUUUCAAUGGAAAAACUCUCUGGCCUAUAACAUACACAUACAUAAAAAAAAAAGUCAGACAGCAUUUGGCCAUAGUAGUAGGUCAAAUGUCAGUGACUGCGGCGUGCCUGAAGGAUCCUGCAGAUAUAUGAAACGAUUGUAUAUCUGUUUAAGUGGAAGUGUUUAAGUCUGUUUUUUGUGAGUGUGUUACAGUGGAUCGAAGAUGCCUUGAUAGAGAAACACAUAUUUAUGAUCUCUGGCACCAAUUGUGAAUGGACUGUUGAUGGUGCCCUGAGACUUUGGCAUCGUGUUGCCUCAUGUGGGCCGGGAAUCAGUUUGCAUACAAAACCCAUAUCUCAUAUUUCACUUUUUGCUGGCUCACAUAAACACUCACGAGUCCGAUUCUACUGAAAUGCUUUGGAAUCCAACUUAAGAGGUGAAGUCUCAAAACUGUCAUCAGGAACUGUUAUAAGGGAGCACAGCUGCUAGUUCUACAGUGUGAUUUUGAUAAGAGACCAAGAGGAUUCCCACCACCCCCCUGUUUUCUUCCCUGCUGAGAUAACUUUUCGCUGUCACUGAUCACUAUCGCUGGGCAGCGCCGAGCCUGCACCAAGAGAUGAUGUCAUUGAAUUGCCUCACCUCUUUUCCUUUUAUGUAAACAACCACUCUGUAAUAUUCAGGUGUGACUGUAUUGUCCCAGAUGCAAUUACGUGUGUGUGCGCGUGCAUGUGUGUGUGCGUGGUCACUCUUCUCGUGUGUAAGCUUACAGAUCAUUCACUUUAUGUCUGUUUAUAAAGAGAUUGUUCUGCAGCAACUGUAAACCUGCCCGGAGUAACGCCACAGAGGGCUGACGUGGUCCAGUCACCUGCCAGGCGCACUCAUAACGCUAUAGUGAAGACUCAGUGGUGUGUUCUUAGUUUUCAUAGUUCAAAAAGCAGAAAAAAAUGUCAUCUACUUUUUUUUAUUAUUUGUGGGGUGAUUUCAUUGUACGCAACAAAAGCUUAUCAUGCAGAAUCUGAAUGAAUAUAUGAUCACAGUACAUUUCUGAAAUAAAUUA